AUGUGGAUUGAUCAAUUAAGGUUAAAUUUAUUAGAAAGGGAUAAGAAACAGAGCUUAAAUAAUUUCUAUACGGAUAAUUUUAAGAUACUACUUCAACAAUUCAUUCAGUUAAAACAGGAGAAUUUAACCCUACUUAAAGCAUCUGAGACACCUCUCGAUUCAAACGAAAACAUUCAAUCUGCCUUUAUUCAAUCCUUACAAUCUCAAUUACAUUCUUAUAGGGAUGAACUCACCAACUUUUAUAAAUCUCAAAAUAUUCACAACCUUAAACUUCUCAACCUCAACGAGCUACUCAGAGAUAAGGAUAACUCUCUUAGAGCUAUUGAAGCUGAAAAUCUUUCUUUAAAAGCCUCCGUGAGUCGCCUCACCAAAGCUAGAGAGGAUGACUUCGAAGGUAAGCGUGAACGUGAACGUGGUAUUGAAUCCCUUCAGGAUGAUCUCGCUACGCUCAAGCUAGAACUAGAUCAAGUCGAAUUACGUAAUCAAGACCUCAAGAAUGAUAACGCAAACUUAUUACAAAGGUGGUUGGAUAGAAUGAACGAUGAAGCUCAACAUAUGAAUCAAUCCCUACCCACAAAUAACGCUGGUGCCGUGUCAGAUAUGAGCACAGAUGAUGAUUUUACUGAUAUUGACAAAUGA